AUGCAAUUCUCUAAAGUCAUUGUCGCUCUCGCUGCCGUUGCCUCUGUCCAGGCUGCCAACAACUCUUCCGAGUCCUCUUCCGUCUCCACUGCCGGUGCUGCUGUUAACACCUACGAACGCGUCAUGGAAAUUGCCCACGAAUCCGGCCUGCUUGCCCUGGCUGCUGGCGCGCGGCCUCGCAAAAGGCUCCGUCGCCGCGUCCCGCGUCCAGAGGUGAUCUCGCUGCUCAGUUCCGAGGGCAACGACGAGCUCGAGGUGACAAACUCCACAGACAGCGACAACGAGCUCAGUGGGGAAAAUCUCGUCCAGGAGGCCGUCCGCCUCAGCAGAGAACAGACUCAGCAGAGCCAGCGCAGUCAGCAGAGCCAGCAGAGCCAGCAGAGCCAACACUCAGUCAUUUAUAGCCAGCAUCUCCAGCAAAGCCAACCAAGCACACACAGCCCCCAGGCCGCCUCCCAAUCGCCGCCUCCGCCGCUCGCGGUUUCCCCCACCGUUCCGCAGUCUACACAGGACAACAACAAUUCGAUUACUUUAAAAACGGCCCUCCCACACCUGGCCAAACCCAUAGUGCUACCCCCACAGCCUCGGUACCGCGUGGGACUGUCCAAGCGCGCACGCGUGGACCCGCUGCACUCGUACCUGCACCCCAGACGCUCAUAG